UGGUAUUGUCUCGGUGUAUGCCUACAAUCUAGUUGGGUAUUGAGUGCGAAGCAUGUGGUCGUUUUAUCCCAUAAUGUGAUAAGUUGUAUGAAUAUGCGAGAAUUUCUUUAGUUUGUCGUUUACUUAUCAGAGAGACUGGGUGUUGACUAAUAUGUUCGUAACCUAUCUUUAGGUAGUGAUUUCUAGCACUAGUAGCAUCUUAACCUAUCAGAAUGAAUGUAGACUUUUUGCGUAGUUUAAUAGCAGUAGCUGUUGGAGCUGGUGUUUUGUUGGGAGCUGCAGGUAUAUUCUUAUACCACCAAUUGAAUGCUGAGAAACGUCGACGGAUGCUUCAGCGAGAUUUGGCCAGAUUGGAUAUGACAGUUGCAGAUAUGCGAAGUGAGCUUGAUUCUCUGCGUAGGGCAAAUCGUGGAAGAAGAUCUGUUCUCAGGAAAGUUAAUAGCAGGAGUUUGUCAGCUACAGAUAGUGUAGUUGAUACUGAUAUAGACAUGUACUCUACUGUGGGCACAGAUGAUGAUGAAGAAUUCUUUGAUUUUUCAGACGAAGAUGAUGUAAUGGUGACUUCAGGCCAUCUAGGAAAUGCCAGUGAAACAGAAACUGAUCCCAGUCUUAUGGUCCUGUUUGAUGAAGUAGACAGACUACUCAAGGGUCCUACAGAAAACAAAGGAGCAGCUUAUAACCUAUUGUUGGAACAUGAAGAUGAGAACUGCCAUACAGUGGUGUGCACUGAUGGAUCUCUUGUACAAGGAUUGACUUGCGGUGUCCUAUAUGACGGCCAGUAUGCUGACUGUGCAAGCGUGUUAUGGCGACUCGCAAAGGCAAGUCACAUGAUGGCCACAGCAUAUGGUGCAGAAGGCAAUAAUGAGAAGAAAAAGGAAUUUGUACUUAAAGGAGUUAACUACGCCCAGCGAGCCUUGGAACUUGAUGAAUCGAAUGCAGAAGCACAUAAAUGGUUUGCCGUGAAUGUUGGUAAUCGUGGCGAGUUUCUUGGUACACGUGAAAAAAUUGAGGAUGGUUUUGUAUUCAAACAACAUGUAGAUAUUGCAUUAGCUCUUCAACCAGAUGAUCCUUCACUCCAUCACCUCCUGGGUAGGUUUAGUUACGAGGUUGCAAACCUAUCAUGGGUUGAGAGAAAGUUGGCAGGUGCUCUGUUUACUGAACUGCCCACUGCAACAUAUUCUGAGGCAAUUGAACAUUGUCUGAAGGCAGAGUCUUUGAGCCCAACACCCUGGAAGGAAAACCGCCUUCUCUUGGCCAAGUGUCACAUCGGUGAAGGCAACUAUACUGACGCUUUGCCAUGGCUUGAUCUGGCUUCGCAGGUUACUGUUUUAACAGCAGAUGAUCAGUCUGCAGAAAGAGAGGUGCAGAGUUUGUUAGCAAAAUAUGGAAGUUACUGUGAAUAGUUUAAGAGAGAGGUGAGCUUGUGGUGGCGAUGUGAUUGGUAUGUGUGGAUCUUUUUUAGAUGUUCCAAACCUGGAAUGUCAGACUCAGCAUCUAUGAAGUGUUGCUUAAGAAAGAGGCAACUAUUCUGGGGUAUCAAUAUGUGGGUGGAAAAAAUUACAUCCACCGACUUUUAUUAAUUCCAAGCGUAUGCUUAAGACACAUUUUUCUUCUUGCAUUUUUCCAUGGGCACACAGAAAUGUGAAUUUCUUUUAAACAUUUCCACUUUAUGUAAUAGAAACAUAAAAGGGCAGUACACAGGUGCAUUUGAAACUGAAGGUUUGUGGUGAUUGGUAAUUUGUCAUUUCCGAAGAUGUAGUGUUACAAAUAAUGAAAAUCAACAAUUAGUUUUUAAAAAUAGUACCAGAAGGGGUUUGUAAGAUUUGAGGUUUUCACAGCGGUGAGUAUGAAGAUUUCUG